AAGAAGUUAUUGUAAUAUACACACAGAAAUAGAAAGGGCUAUAAGCUCCAAACAAUAAUUGUAUUUCAUCUGCCAUUUCUCAGUGGAAGGCUCAGCCUACUGUUUCUGUGGAACAAUUCCUUGAAAAGUUCCGUUUCAAACACCGUUGAACAGGAAAGAAGCACAGUGUGGAAAGAAGGAUGACUUCUCACAACAUGACGUGGAUCAGCUACCCAAGCAAGAGCCAGCCUUUCGUUUCCCCAGAAGAAAUCGAAGCUGUCAUAGCUUCUCAAAACAUCAUAUCCAGAGUUAUGCACUGUUACAUUGCCUUUUUUGUACCCACAGGAUUAAUAGCUGGCAUAUGUAUUUUGAUCAUUUUCAUAAAGAAUUAUUUGCAGAACAAAAGAGCAAGCUUGGACAUACUUCUUCUAUAUUUCACCAUCAGCAAUAUCAUAAUGAUUUUUUUUUCCUUUACUGUCAUCACUAGACCUGACUAUUUAACAGCAACCCACCUUGCCUGUAGCGUACUGUCAUUUUUUUUCAACUUUGGUUAUUUCAAUUCUCAGUAUGUUUUCAUUCUGACACUUCUCACACUAUUACUGGAGAGAUUUCCACCACAGACUGCUCUCUGCAAAGCCACCCAAAGACCCAUCUUGUGUGUUGGGCUUGUACUCACAUACACCUUCUGUUUGUCCCUGACGGAGGCAGUGCUGGUUGGCACUGAUAAUUAUCACCUGGAAGCACACUGCCAGUUGGAUCCAUUAUUUGCAUGGCCCGAAUAUGAGAUUGUUAAAUUCACCUUUGGGUUUGGAAUCCCGUCGUUACUCCAAAUCCUCUGUUUUACUGUUCUGUGGGCUAAGGAAGCACCUGCUGGAGCUCCAGCCUUGCAGCAGCACAUGCGCGCUUACCCCGCCGUGUACGUGAUCAGCGCGACAAUGUUCAUCUGCCGCCUGUUUUAUAACGUCAUGAUUCUCUUCAGGACAGCACUGAAACUACAGAGGAGCAUUGGAACGGCAAAGAACGAGCUUGUGAUGAACACUGCAGAAAUAGUGUUGUUCUGUGAGAGCUGCGCUAGCUUGGUAGUUAUACUCUGUAUUCAUAAACCGUGCAAGGAUGAAGUACUUCAAGUCAUACAGAGGUGCCGAAGGAGGACCCGCGCCAACAAUCACCUUGAAAUACCAGAAACAGCCCCGACCCAUCAAAGGGGGUCACAGUAAUACUAGCUCUUCUAAACAACUGUCAAUCCACUUUGCUUUUUAGCUUGUGGGUUUUGGUUUGGUUUUUUACUUCUUCAAAAAAAGGGCAAGUGUUCCUUCUUUAGAACCCAAACUUGGCCUAUCUUACAGCUAGCAGUACUGGAAGAAAAAAGAUGGUCAGUUCUAGCACUUACAGUGAAAUCUGUAAGAAAACUUCCAGGGUCUGGGGCUCUUUGGGGUUUUUUUUCAUAUAUACAUAUAUAUUUAAACAAUCUAUUUUUCUGCAAGCCAUUGCUUCCAAGUCAGGUAGAAAGAUGAGUACUGUUGCCAAAGAACUGUGCUUCUGCAAUAAUAUCAAUGCCCUAGCAGAGCUGCAAACAAAAAUGAGGCAGGAAGCAACUUUGAACAAAGGUCAAAAUCUGUAGUCACAGCUUUUUCUCAGGUGUACUUCCUCCUUUGACUUCUUACCCUUCAAACUACUUAUUUCUAUAACACUGGUAUAUAACUGGAAUAUAUAAUUCUAGUGGCAGCAGCAGUGAAGUUUUUGUCUGAAUUCCUGCGCCAAAAAAAAGAGAAAGAAAUCAAAUUAAUGGUAACACGGGUCCAUAAAGGAAAGCUUUGGGUCCUUUGUGAGGCACUGAACUGGAAAGAUCAAUAGGAUGGCUAAUUAAAACUUUGUGCAAGAAUGAAAGCUUUUUGUUAAUGUACUCUCAGCUUCUACUUUGCAUUUAGACUUACUGCAACAAUUGAUUUAAGCCAUUCCUGAUGAGCUCAUUCAGAAGCACGAAGGCAUUGGAAGAGCCACAUUUUCAGUAAUACACUAACUGAAAAACAGAGAAAAGCCUGACCAGAACAGCAGAACUGAGGUGUAUUUUUAAGAAGGCAAACAAAACGCAAGCCCCAGUUCCUAACUGGAAUCAAGGUUCUGCUAGAGACAAGCAUUGUACAUUUAAAUGAGAGUUGAUGGGUAAAUGGUGCAAAAAGAGCAAAAUAUCUGAAUUAGAAUAAAACAGCUGUGGUGCAGGAUGAAGCCCUGCAGGAUCAGUAGCUGAUGCAGGCUGAGAUGUAGGUGCAAAGCUAUAAAUGCCUGCUUUGAGCACACUAUUACUGCCACCAAAUCUGGCCAGAAGCCACCUUAGGCAUUUGGCUUUGGCUUCAUCAUCUUUUACAAAGGUUGAGAGAAAGGAAACAGGAAAAGCAGAGAAUUG